UCUGGGGGAGUGGAGCCUAGUCGUUAGGUAGAGGGUCGCCUGGGCCCUUGGAUGCGGAGUGGAGGGCGCCAGAGGCCGAGGACUGGCUUUCUUCGUGGGGGAGAACUAGAGCUCCCAAGGCAGGGCAGUGAUACUCAUCCUGAGGGGAAGGCUGCAAUUCAACAGGGGAAGGUCUUGAGGGGCAGGCAGCAAUUUAACAAGGGAAGAAUCAAGGGGGAAGGCGGCAAUUCAACAGGUGAAGAGAUCUUGAGGGGAAGGCAGCAAUUUGACAGGUGAAACUUCUCGAGUGAAAGGCUGUAAUUCAACAGGUGAUAUCUUGAAGGGAAAGCUGCAAUUCAACAGGUGAAGAGGUCUUGAGGGAAAGGCAGCAAUUCAACAGGUGAAGAACUUCAGUGGAAGGCAGCAAUUCAACAGUGAUGGAAUCUUGAAGGGGAGGCAGCAAUUCAACGGGAAGAUCUUGAAGGAAAGGCAGCAAUUCAUCAGGGAGGCUCUUGAGGGGAAGGCAGCAAUUGGAGAGGUGAAGCCUCUUGAGGGGAAUUGCAAUUCAACAGGUGAAGAAUCUUGAGCGGAAGACUGCAAAUCCAGAGGGGAAGAGGUCUUGAGGGGAACUGCUAUUCAACGGGAAGAAUCUUGAGAGGAAGGUGGCCAUUCAGCAGGUGAAGAUCUUGAGGGGAAGGCAGCAAUUCAACAGGUGAAGCUUGAAGGGAAUUGCUGUUCAACAGGGAAAGCUCUUGACGGGAAGGCUGCAAUUCAACAGUGGGACCUCAAGGAGGAAAGCAGCAAUUCAACAGGAGAAGCUCUUGAGGGGAAGGUGGCAAUUCCACAGGUGAAGCUCUGCCGCCUUCUUGAAGUGGUUACAGACCUUGGCAACCUGAGCAGAAUAUAUAUAUAUAUAUAUAUAUAUAUAUUUGCUCUAACCACUAGGAAGGGCUCUUUUUCCCUGAGACCCACGGAGGCUGGAGGGUGUAGUGGUGAGAGCUAUUCGCCAUGGAAGACCCUGAGGAGACGUUUGGCGGUGAUGGGGACCCCAACCCGGCCCCCUACGAGGAGCUGGUCUCUGCCAUGGCUGGUGGGCUCUAUGGGGAGCUGGAGCGGCUGGUCGGGGCCCAUGGGACAGGGGCAGUGUCAGGGCUCUUGCCUCAACUGGUCUCGGUCCUGGAGUCACUGCAAGGGGCCUGCGGACAAGUCCGAGAGCGGGACCAGGCGCUGGAGCGGUUGCGGGAUGACCGGCUCCGACUCCUGGAGCAGUACGAACGGGAACGGUCCGGGCGCAAGCGGGCCGAAGAGCGGUUCAUGGAGCUGGAGGACGCCAUGGAGCAGGAACGCAAGGCGCAUGUGAUAGCCAUGAACCGGCUUGAAGGGCAGACCCGUACCUUGGAUGGGAAAGCAAGGAGCUACGCUGAUCAGGUGGCCAGCCUGGAGGAGCAAAAAUCUUCAUUGCUUAAAGAGCUCUCAACUCUCAGUCAGACCCACUCGAAGAUGAUGCAAAACUACAAGGAACUGAAAUUGCAGAGGGCAUCGGCUGGUAUGGGUCAAACUGGAUCUUCAUCUGCAGAGUUAAAAAGAUUGAAGCCCCCUCCGCUCCGGAUGUCCCCUGAAUUUCUGUCAAGAACGUCAGAGUCUGGACUUCCUGAACCAUCUCGUUCCCCAGAAGAACCUGGAGAGAUCCAAGAGCUUCCCCAUUUGAAAAAGAUGUCUGAGAGUGACACAGAAAGGAACUCUUUCCCCUUGGCACAAGAAAUGGUGCAGCCUGAGAAGGAUGCCUCUCCUGCUCAUAGGCAGUGUUUUGACUUGGAUGACCUUGUAAGCUCCACUCCAGAACUGGGAUCUGACCCACAGCAAACAAGCAGCCCCUUGAGUACCACCCUCGAGCGCAACACGGUCUCCCUUUUCGCCGAGGUCUCGGGCCUCAGCCCUGAACUUCUCAGUGAUAUGGACGACGGUGCCGAUUUGCAGGGGGAUGCCUUAGAAACUCUCAUGGCAGAAAACACUAAGCUGCAAGAGGAACGGAUUGCUCUGGAUACUGCUCGGCGCCAUCUCAUUGCUCGUGUGGAAGAGCUUACUGAAGAGCGUGAGUCACUGCAGAUGGAGCGCGAGGGGACACUGGGGGCUCUGAGCCGCUGUCAAGCCCAGCUGAAGGAGGCUGAGUUGGAACUUAUCCGGAUCCGACAGGAGUUUGAGGAUACGAGACGUUCAAGCGAGGAGGGGGAGGCUGAAGGAGGCUCAUCCCGACCCCAGAGAUUCACCCGAGCUGAGAUGGCAAGAGUCGUGAUGGAGCGUAACCUCUACAAGGAGAGGCUGAUGGAGUUGCAGGAAGCUGUUCGACGUACUGAGCUACUAAGGGCUUCACGGGAGGAACAAGCUGUUCAGAUGAAAAAGUCGUCUUUCUGGAAAAUCUUUGAUCGUUUAUUCAGCCCUUCAGACUCUCUCGAGAGAUCACCUGCUUCCCCACUGCCUCCAGGGAGGUCCCGGUCUAGCCCCAGUGGCCGCAGUGAACUGGGGAGAAAUGGGGGGCAGUUGUCUCCAGCCUUGAGAUAUAUCCCACGAGCUACCUCACCCACCGCUGAGGCUGACACCUCCCCACAGCAGAAGCGGCAAGAACUGUAUAGGGAGAUUCGCUCACACAUCUGGCAGGAGCAUGGCCGGGCACAGAUCCAUGGAUGGAGCCAGCCACCUGAGCUCCAGGGUCAAGAUUUAUCUCCAAGGGGCACCAACAUCCCUGCACUUGUUCAGUUACGGAUGCUGGAUCAGAAAGAUCCCAGUACCAAGCUCUGGUGUGCUGCAGCUUCACUUGGGCCUGAGUAUCAAAAAUUGCUAGAGGUGGGUAGCCCCCACCAGCGCAUCACAGGCAGCUCACAGCUCUGGGUGGCUGCAGGAACCCACUCUGCAAGUGAAGUGACUCUCUUUGAUGCCCAGAACUCAAACCAACUCCUGGAACACUUUGUCUUGCCUGGAGUUCACAUCUUCUCCAUUGCCUGUGUGCCUGGCCUUAACAUCCCUGACAGUGAGAGCCCAGAGGUAGAGCCAGAGAUUCUUGAAGAUCCCCUGGCGCCUGGAUCUGACAGCGAGGAUGAAACACGGGAGAUGGAGGCAGUUGGCACAGAACCCACCAUCUGGUUUGGAACCCAGGAGGGAUGUAUCUAUAUUCACUCUGCAAAGGCUGACUGCCGACGCUGCCGGGGACGAGUGCAGCUGAAGGAUGCUGUCCAUUGUAUUGUCCAUACCCAGGGCCGUGUAGUAGCUGCAUUAGGGGACGGAUCUCUGGCUAUUUUUCACAGGAACCUGGUCCGGAAUUGGGAUUUGCGUACCCCACGCCUGGUCGACUUGGGAAGGCCACGGCGCUCCAUCCGUUGUGUCCUUCCUGUGCUGGACCGGCUGUGGUGUGGAUACGGAAACCGGGUCUAUGUGCUAGAUCCUCGUACAGCUCGCAUCCAGCGGUACUUUGAGGUGACCUCACACCCAGAAAGCCAAGUGCGGCACAUGGUGGCAGCCAGUAGUGGCGUCUGGGUCUCAAUUCGUUUGGAUUCCUCUCUGCGCCUCUUGCACGCAGAGACUGGGCAGCCAUUACAGGAAGUGGAGCUGGGCUCCUUCAUCACCCGUAUGCUUGGACCAAGCAGCCUUAGUUUAGCCUUGAACAUCUCAGCACUUGGCGCUUUUGGGAAACGGCUGUGGGUUGGCACAUCUGGUGGCACCAUCAUCUCUCUGCCCUUCACCUCAGAGUUUGCUGGAAGCUCAGAGCCUUCCUCCACUACUAGUAUCCCUUACUGUGCCAUGGAGCAAGCACAGAUCAGCUACCACGGGCACCGUGAUGCUGUCCGCUUCUUUGUCUCAGUCCCAGGGUGUGUGAAUCCUUCCUCUUCUGAAAGUGCUCAAGAAUUGCACAGCCAAGAGAAGCUGAGCAGAUGCUGCAGCUUGGUACUAAGCGGCGGAGAGGGGUAUAUAAAUCUCCGGAUAGGAGAUGACACAGAUGAGCGCUAUGGUGACUUGCUUUUCCCGAACCCACGCCUCCGUCGAGCUGAGCGAAGCCACCUGAUCGUCUGGCAGGUGCAGGCCUGAGGUAGCCUCAGUGGUGACGGUGGACACAACUACUGCUUUCUGAUGGUGUGGCUUGAGUUCCCCCUCAGAAGGAAUGGCACGUUUGCCCUACAUCUUUUCCUCACUGUCACUUACCCUCUUUCCCCUCAACUUGGUUAUGGGAUCUGCAGGGUUUGAAGAAUGAUUACUUAAAACAUGCACAGACCAGUGAAGUGGAUAAAAGCCAUUUGGACACCAGGAUUGUUUUGUAAACUUGGAAUCUGCAGCUGGUUGGUUUUUGUGAUUUUUUUUAAUUCCCCCCUUUUUAAAAAAUCUCUACUUUCCAUUGCUUUUAAACAGGAUACAGCUGUGUAAUAAAUACCUCUACUCUCCUUUGGACUGCCCUUCCCAUUUUCAAUCCUGCUGCAUUUCCUCACUCCUCCCUUUAUUGCACACUAGUAGCAGUUUACCCCUUACUGGAUAGUUGGGUGAGAGCCACAAUUCAGAAUGCCUAGGGCUUUUAAAAGAGCUAUUGUACCAGUUGGAAAUGACAAAAUGGACUGUUCCAGUGAUUUGGAUUGCAAGAGACCAAGAACUAGGGCUUCUGGACAAUUCUGGAAGAAGAGGCAUGCCCUAAGUUGAUUGAAAUGACAACCUUCACCUGGCCUUUUGCCUUCUACUUUUGAGCAUGUUUUUUCCCGAUGUGUUUCUGAUUCUGUGGGUUGGAACCUGGGAACAAGACCUGGAGGAUCUGGAAGUAACAGGCAUGGACUUGGCAGUGCCUGUCAACAUAAGCUGUAGCACUACUCAGAUUAACCUCAAGGGGAGCCCUUUUGUCUCUUCAUUGCUCUAGAAACUGAACAGGGAUUGGUUGCUUCCUGAAGCUUUUGAGUAAACCUGAUCCUGCCUGAAGCACCGGAAUGACGCCAAGGUCAACACACUGUGCUGUUAAAUUUCUCAGGGUUGCUGUUUGUUGUUUGUCUUGUUUCAGCAGGGUAAUUAGGGCCUCUGGCAACAUCUCAGGAUCUUUUUCUGUCAGAUGGUUUCUCAAUAAAGCUUGACAUUUAUUUA